AUGCGAGGCGCCGCCGGAAUCAAAUCUGGAAAGGAGGAGCGGAGCGAUCAAGGACAGAGUGCCACGACCAGGGCCAAGCAACGGCGCAAGCGCCAUUGGUCCUGGCUGGCAGCGGGCCUAAAUGAUCCCCCUAGGAGCGAGCCGUGUCCACCUGGACCCGCUAGGCAAAGAAUCUCCGUGUCUAUGUCCGUACCGGAUCGUGGAUGGGUGAUUCUCGCCGUCUCGUGGCCCCUCUUUAGCAUCUGCCUCGUCCUCGUCGGCCUGCGAGUCUGGGUGCGCACACGGAUCAUCAAGUCCUGGGGCUGGGAUGACCCAUUCAUCCUUCUCGCCUUCCUCUGCGCAACAAUGAACUCGAUCUUUGUGACCGUGAGCGCGCACUACGGCACCGGUCACCACGCGAGUGAUCUAUCGGAUUACCAGCGAAUCGAGUCGACCAAGUUCAACUGGCUAUCGCAGGGAUUUCAUGUCAUGUCGACGAACUGGGGAAAAGUAUCAGUUGCGAUUUUCCUGCUGCGCAUCAUCCACAAGGUUAAGCAUCAUCGACCGAUGAUGUAUGGUGGUAUCGUGCUCCUCACGGUAGUGAAUACUGUUGCGAUGAUCGCCGCGAUCGUGAAAACUAUCAACCUGGCAUCCCUCGCCGCGCGAGCAGACUACCCUUGGGACACCGUCGACUUGACGAUCUGGAUCGCGGUCGAGCAGUACCUCAUUAUCCUAGCAGCAUGCAUCCCCACCCUGACUCCCCUCUUCAAUAUCGCCGUGCGCCAACGCACGAGCAAGAAAUCGACCUCAAACGUCAACUAUAAGGCUGGCCAUCACUCGGGCAGGUCCCACCCGUACGAUGGACUAGCAAGCGGCGGCAUUGGGAAGUGCGAGCCAGAUGGGUACCCACUUGCGUGGACUAGGGUCGAGCGAGCCCGCGCGGGCAGCCACAGUGACAGCGAAGACCCCAUUAUGGCGACGACGGAGUCGGGCCGGGGUAUUCUGAUGACGACAGAGUUCCAUGUCCAAACUGGGUCAGAGAACGGAGACGAGCACGUGGAGCGAAGAUGA